AUGUCAUCGUAUUUUCGACCAAACAUGAACGUUCAUUGGGGUCAAGAGUUGCAAUUAUCUCAAAAAAUUAAACCACUAAAUUAUCAAACGAUUGUACCAAAUGUUCUUUUAAGCUCUAAACUUAUUAACUAUAUUGAUUUCAUAAAAUAUUGUUAUUCAUUAUUGGGAGCAUCAAGCUAUGACGAAAUUUUUAAUUUACAUACAACUAUUGUUGAUAAAAAUCUAGAAAAUUGUGAACAACCUACGUGUCAAAAAGUAGUCAUUGAACUUGCGAACAUAUUUUAUGCUGCUAGUGAGUAUACUGUACACUUAUGA